CAGGCACACUAGCCACAAGAGCCAGACUUGGACCUACGCCCCACUCUUGCCUCGAGCUAGAACCGCCGCCAAUGAUUUACACGGGAUCACUAACAGCCUUUUGAGUCGUCCAGGGGUAAGACUUGGCUCUUGACCAAGCAUCGCUCAACGCGACGGCCCAUUUCGGUCUCUGGGAGUAACAUUGCGCGACAAAGAUUCGAGACAGACCAGCCUCUACCGCCUUGAAUCACUCAGUGGCCUUUCAACUCACUCGUGCCUAUUUGACGAUGGCAGACCAAUCUGAAGAAGACGUGCGUGAGCGUCUCAAAGCAGCACUCUGGUUCGCAGUUGGCAAAAUGGUAGAUGAGCAGUCUUUGCGGCGCAAUAGGAAUGCCACCCCGCAGUUUAUCGGUGCUCUCACAGAGAUGGUCUGGACCCAGAUUGAAAAUGUCGCAAUAGAUCUGGAGAGCUUCAGUCGCCAUGCAGGACGAACAUCCAUCACUACCGAUGAUGUUUUGCUCCUUGCCCGGCGCAACGCAGACCUGAACGGCAUCAUCAAGGAUUUUGUGGACGAGCAGAAGGCAGCUAAGAUCAGCAAGGGAAAGGGAAGGGCAAAGUAGCCGGGCCUAAGCAGUGGCUCCAAUUGCUUUAUCGAUGACCAUCACCCGACAAUGACGGCGGAUCCGAUGGAGCUGUGCUCGAGCCUUUGCGCCUACCACGUCCCUGUCAAAACGCCUGCAGUUGCUUGGACCAAGAUGGAUCAUCCUGUCUUGGUGCGAAUCAGGCUCUGAAAUCCACAGCACAAGCGGUGAAUUGCGUCUCGUUCAUGUCAAAUCUCCAAAACAUGGGACAUCCAGUCAGGAUCGGCGACGACCCGCGAGUCGCGGACCAGCAGGGCAGAGCAGCGGGUUGGUCGGAAUAUAUUCGCAGGGUGGUCGAUUCCCCCGACGGAAUGCAAUGCUGGGACAACUGUCCGACGGGGUUCGGCUGGUCCCAGUAUCCACUUGUGCCUCAUACGUACUCGGCGCCAACAGCAUCCCUUGAAAGCAAACCCAGCCAGCCGAGCUUGGGCCAAAGCAACGUUUAUUGAGGCCAAGAUCAUCCUGGAUACUUUGGAGUAGACAGCCUGGAGCAGAUGUGUGUGUCUUCUUAUUCUCUUAAAAAAAAAGAAAAAGACCCUUGGCUGUGGCCAUAACAAAAGACAAGUAGUGGCUGUGGGGUCGGCAAAUGGGAGCGCAUGCGAGUUCGGCACGCAGGGUCUCGCUCCGUCCGAACCUUUCAAUUCCUCGAGCUCUGACAGGCUAUUAUUUCCAUCCGCAUGUCGAUCAAUUUCAGAUACGCGUGUCCAAAGUCUGCCAUGCCAGCCUCGCCCCAAUACGCUUUGUACUAGAGGAUGAACGAUUAUCCGCACAUGAGACCACCCUCGGAGUCAAGACCCGUGUGCAUUAAUAGCGGCUUUUAUUCCUCAGUCAUGGAUCCUCGACUGGCUACACAGUAUGUCUGUCAAACCUUGCUCUCAGCCUUCGUUGUCCAAGCAAGCC